ACGCUCGGGGGAACAUGGCGGCGGCGGAGCCAGUGGUCCCCGCGCUUCCCAACAGCGGCGGCGUGGGCGGGGGGCCACCGUCGGGCUCGGUCCCCGUGCUUUUCUGCUUCUCGGUCUUCGCGCGGCCCUCGUCGGUGCCGCACGGCGCGGGCUACGAGCUGCUCAUCCAGAAGUUCCUCAGCCUGUACGGCGACCAGAUCGACAUGCACCGCAAAUUCGUGGUGCAGCUCUUUGCCGAGGAGUGGGGCCAGUACGUGGACCUGCCUAAGGGCUUCGCGGUGAGCGAGCGCUGCAAGGUGCGCCUCGUGCCGCUGCAGAUCCAGCUCACUACUCUGGGAAAUCUUACACCUUCAAGCACUGUGUUUUUCUGCUGUGAUAUGCAGGAAAGGUUCAGACCAGCCAUCAAGUAUUUUGGGGAUAUCAUUAGUGUAGGACAAAGACUGUUGCAAGGAGCCCGGAUUUUAGGAAUUCCAGUUAUUGUAACAGAACAGUAUCCUAAAGGUCUUGGAAGCACUGUUCAGGAAAUUGAUUUAACAGGUGUGAAACUGGUCCUUCCAAAGACCAAGUUUUCAAUGGUAUUACCAGAAGUAGAGGCUGCAUUAGCUGAGAUUCCUGGAGUCAGAAGUGUUGUAUUAUUUGGAGUAGAAACUCAUGUGUGCAUACAGCAGACUGCUCUGGAGCUAGUUGGCCGAGGUAUUGAGGUUCAUAUUGUCGCUGAUGCUACCUCAUCAAGAAGCAUGAUGGAUCGGAUGUUUGCACUUGAGCGUCUUGCUCGAACUGGGAUCAUAGUUACUACGAGUGAGGCAGUUCUGCUUCAGCUGGUGGCCGAUAAAGAUCAUCCAAAAUUCAAGGAAGUUCAGAAUCUCAUUAAGGCGAGUGCUCCAGAGUCGGGUCUGCUUUCCAAAGUAUAG